GUUCUUGGCUAAUCAAAAGUUAAAACUAAAAGAAAAACAGAUGUAGAAUUAACAUUUAACUAACUGGUCACACAUUAGAAGUAUCAUGCAUAGUUACAUUCAUACAUACAUUAUUUAUUUAAAAAUGCAGGUCACCUAAAUGGCAGCUUUCGCUGAUGUGGAUCUGCUAAUUAUCUCUACUUCCGCUUGCAACAUUUAUCCAAAAUUUUUACAAUCGAGAUAUCAAAACAUCAAAUUUGUUUUCUUGCAAGCAAAACACACAAAGUGAAGGAAGCUUUGGUUUUAAUUUCCUUGUGUAUGAGGAAAGUUUUAUUCACCAUGUUGCAUCCAUGAAUUUAUUACAAUUUCCAACCAGUCGAACCUAAAAUGCCGAUUGCUUUAUCAAAAGGAGGAAUGUAAAUGUAACACCCGAACAGUCAUUUUUUCGGCACAUCCAUGCAUGCAAAGUGAAAGUGUUUGGUUUCCUUAAAUACUGACCUGCAUGAUAGGCGAGAAAAGAAUUUUGAUAAUCAAAAGUUGUUUAUCAUGUAAAUCCUACAAAUCAUAAAUCUGCAUAGAAAACCUCAGCUUGAAAUGAAACCUCGUUCCUGCGCAGACUGGCCUAGGCACUACCACAGAAUCUGUGGCACUACCUCGAAUCAAACGACAAUUAUUGAAGGCAUUUUACAACUAAAAAGAAGUUAUCAGAUUUGUGGAAUAAAAAUAAUUGAUCCAAAAUGAAAACCAUGAAACUGACGGACAAUGUUGUGAGAGCAUUUCGCGUUGCAAAGGUUUUCCGCGAAAACAGCGAUGUGAUAAACGCGAUGGACUUCUCGCCAAAUGGAGAUACGUUGAUUACGAGUAGUGAUGAUGAUUCAGUUGUUAUUUAUGACUGCUUGGAAGGAAAGCCAAAAAGAACUCUUAAUAGUAAGAAGUAUGGAGUGGCAAAUAUUAGAUAUACUCAUACAACUACCACAGUGAUACAUGCAUCAACCAAAGUUGAUCACACCAUACGAUACCUAUCGUUACAUGACAACAAGUAUCUAAGAUACUUCAUUGGACAUACAAAAAAAGUGGUCACGCUAAAUAUGUCACCUGUUGAUGACACAUUUAUUUCUGGAUCAUUAGACAAAACUAUAAGAAUAUGGGAUCUUAGAUCUCCUAAUUGUCAGGGUCUGAUGCAUGUGAGUGGCAGACCUGUUGGAUCAUUUGACAAUGAAGGCCUGAUAUUUGCUGCUGGAGUUGAUGCUGAAGUUGUUAGACUAUAUGAUCUUAGGUCGUUUGAUAAGGGCCCUUUUGCGACAUUCCAUUUACCUGUCCGAGAACCAGAUACCGAAUUAACAGACAUAAAAUUCAGUUUGGAUGGCAAGUCGAUCCUUGUAAGCACAACAGUUGGUGUGGUACAUCUACUUGAUGCCUUUCAAGGUCAUCAGCUCCAGAUGUUUUCGGGCCAGAAAUUUGAAAAAGGUGCACAACUUGAAGCUUCGUAUAGCCCUGAUUCGCAGUAUGUUUUUACUGGCUCAAGUGAUGGAAAAAUUCAUGUAUGGGCAACUGAUAGUGGCAAAAAGAUAACAGUUUUAGAUGCAAAUCAUCCAGGAUCUGUACAAAACGUCAAAUUUAAUCCAAAGUAUAUGAUGCUAGCUAGCACCUGCACCAAUAUGGCAUUCUGGAUUCCGAAUGUUGAUGAAAUAGACUGAACACUGAAAGAUGAUCUCUAAAUAUCAUUAGCUGCUGGAAUCCAGCCAGUUAACCGAGUACUAUGCCUGGUUUUUAUUGAAAAGAGCAGUUACUCUCGAGAUCAAAAGAAGAAGUUAAAGCACCGGAUCUACCAAGAUUUGUUUCAAAUACAGUGAUCUUUCGGUAAAAUAUUAACGUUUAUCCAUGAAACUGAACUACUGUAAAUAUACGCCAGAAAGUAACAAGGCAAUCGAA